AUGUUUGACGACCAUAUCGGACAUAACAUACUGUUUGUGACAUUUGAUGAUUGCGUGUAUGGAUUGGGAUCUAAUAGUGAGGGUCAGCUCGGGUUAGGACACAACAAACCCGUCGAAAAACCGGUAGAAGUGUCACAAUUAUGCCAUAAAAACAUACAUCAGUUUAUCAAUGGGUGGGACUUUGUAUUGGCUGUCAAUACGGAUAAUAAUGUGAUAUUCAGUUUUGGUUGCAAUGAUUGGGGACAACUGGGACGGGAUGUGGAUAGGGAUGGCUAUCAUUAUCAUAAACCAGAUACAGUUAUCGUGUCCACAAUUGGCUUAAUUAUAUCACAGAUAAGUUGUGGUAAACAACACACAAUUGUGUUGACAACAUGUGGCCAGUUAUUGGGAUGGGUUGCCAUUGGCUGCGAUGGACAGGUAGUUAUGUGGGGAAUGGUACUGGCUAAAUCGGAAACAAACAACAUAUCAAAUAAUUUCACGUUUGAAAAUUCAUUUGAUGUGAUAACUAAGCUUGGUGAGGGUGGCUAUGGACAGGUGUAUAAAGUUCAAAACAAAUGCGAUGAACAAUAUUAUGCACUAAAGAUAUGUCCACUAGAAGGAUUGACAGAAAAAGAGAAACAAAAUGUUUUGAAAGAAACGCAAAGUCUUGUGAAACUUCGGUCAGAGUUUGUCAUUGAAUACAACUAUUCAUGA